AUGACUGAAGCUCAAGCGUCAACCCCCCAGCAGGGCCUGACCUCUGCCCAAGCUCCCCUCCAGUGCCAGAAAGUCUCGGAUAUCAUUCGGUCCUUCCGCCCUAUGAAGGGAUUCAACACUACCAAGAAAGAACUCGGAACCAAGUUCGUUACAUCUCUGGAUUUUGACGAUCAGGGCGAUCACCUAGUCAGCGCGGGCGAUGAUGAGGCCAUACAUCUCUUUGAUGUUAAGGAAGGCAAGCAUAGCAAGACAGUGGCCAGCAAGAAGUACGGUGUUCAUCUCGCGCGAUUUACCCACCACUCUCGCCAGAUCCUCCAUGCGAGUACCAAAGUUGAUGACUCUCUUCGAUUGCUUGAUACACAUAAUGAGGGAUAUAUUCGCUAUUUUGCUGGGCAUACCGACAAAGUCACCUCCCUUAGUCUUUGUCCUGGCAGUGACGCUUUCAUAUCCUGCUCCAAAGAUGAUACUGUGUUGAUCUGGGACCUGAACUCUCGAAACCCUCAAGGCAAACUGAAGCUCGCGACUCCAUACUUGUCCGCCUUUGAUCCUUCCGCCUCCGUGAUCGCAAUUGCCUCUCAGUCUACCUCUUCGGUGGUUCUUUACGAUUUCCGCAACUUUGACAAAGCCCCCUUUGCCACCUUCGAUCUUGGGCCCUUUGAAGAAAAGUUCACACCUACGACCCGAGGACGAGGCUGGACUCGACUUGAGUUUUCGAAUGAUGGAAAAUUCCUGAUGCUUGGGACAGACUUCCAUGGCCACUAUAUCCUCGAUGCCUUUACUGGUGAGAUCAAGAGCUUUCUGAUAGGCAAGGCUGGGUCUUCUGGUCGUGCUGCACCAGUUUCCUCCACUGGAAAACCUCUUGGUCAGGGAGAUGCAUGCUUUACUCCCGACGGGCGAUAUGUCGUUGGUUGCAAUGGCGAACAAGGCGAUCUGCUCGUGUGGGACAUGCAGCAGCCUGCCGAGCCAAAUGGAACAUUGGAACCGACUACUAAGCUGCACUACCGAAACCGAGCUAGUCUGGUUGAAUUCAACCCGCGAUACAAUAUGCUUGCUUCUGCCGAUAAGGAAGUCGUUUUCUGGGCUCCAACCGAAGCAGAGAAGUAA